AUGGCAGACGAACAGAAACCGAAGACUAAGUCCUUCGCUGCGAGGAAGGACAGAGUGAGGUUGACGCUUCUCGUGUACCGAAAGCCAGGCAUGAGCCUCGAUGAAUUUCAUCAAUACUGGAAGAACCAGCACGCAGAGCUUUUCAGCAGCAUUGCCAUCGUCAAGAAGAAUUUGCUCAGUUAUGUACAAAUGCGUGAAGCUUGCGCUCAUGUCAAUGAAGAAGCUUCGGCACAAUUGAAGCAAGUAGGCUUCCCUGUCUCUGAUGCCGACGGCAUGGCUAUAUUUGAAGCCCCUUCGUACGCAAUGAUAGCUGCUUGCUUCCAAGACGAAGAAUACCAGAAGAUUGUGGUGCCGGAUGAGGAGAAUUUCUUGGACCGGGGCAGAUGUUUUGCAUUAGCGGCGGAGUUGGUGCCAGUCUUGGAUGAUGCUACCUAA